GUAUAUAUUUAUACAGUGUGGUUUUCUCACGCUGCACUUAAUGUGAAUGAAAUGGGAACAUGUUCAAGGGCAGUGAUUUAGUGUUCCACAUUCCCUCAUUAGAUAUAGAGCAUGUUUAUUAUGAUUUAAUUCUUAAUUUGUUUACAUUCUAGGCCCUUUAUGGUGACCUAGUGGGAUUUUGGGUUCUUUAAAAAAACAACACUUUGGAUUAUACAGAGAAGAGACAUCAAAGAAAAAAGACUUAAAGGAGAAGAAGGUUGAGAGUAAUGAAAACUGAGUUUGUGGACAGUGUUGUGGAAUGGGAGCGAGGGAAUCAGAUUUGGAUAAGAGAAAGGGACAUGUCUUUUAGGGAGAGGAGAAUGAUGGAUAUAAAUUCAAAUAAAUAUUAGUUUUUCCUGUUUGGAAACUGGUUUAUUUGUAAAGGCCAACCCAUAUUGUCAACUUUUGAGUCAUUUGAAAGAUUCUUGAUUUUGACUUGAGUUGAAUAUAGUAUGUUUAUUCUUUUUAAGUGGUAACUUGAUUUUUUAAAAAUGUCUCAAUGACAAACUUAAUGAGUGUCUUGUCUUUCACUGACUUUCUCAUUGUAAUAAAAAUUGGUUUAUUGAGUUUUUCAUAGGUGCUUCUUAAGUUUCUGUUAAGCUUUGUUAAAAUACAUUGGUUUAAAUGGCCUUUAGUUUUAAAGUUGAUAAGCAGACAAAGACCCAAGUUUAUCUAGCCCCAAUUGUCCUCAGUAAAGCUGUGCUUAAGUGAUUUGUCUGAAGCCAUUUAGCCACUUAGUAAUAGAGGUAAAGCAGGAAUGUUAGUUUGAUUCUUAGGGCAAUGCUUAUGCCAACUGCCUUGCUUUCCUAAUUGAGUACACUGGAGUCUGAAUUCAGCACACAUUUUUCUAUGUGCUUUUGGCCCAUGAGCAUCUCAUAAGAAUUUCAAAACUAGACUUACUAGCUUCCUUAAUGGUCAUUCAAGAAAUAUUUCUCAAGUGUCUAUUGUAUGACAGUCACGAUUUCAGAUUUUGAUGAUUAACAAGUUCUUAGGCCUCAAGAAUGAGAAAUGCAGAAAAUAAAUAUGCAGAAAUAACUAGUUUUGUAUAGUUAUAAAUGCUAUCAAGAAAACAGAAAUAGAGUAUGGCAGCAGGAUUAUCUGCUUGAGACAGAAAAUCAGGGAAGGUUUCUAUGAGGAAGUGACACUUAAGCUGAGACCUGUGGUAAGCAGAGCCAGCCAUGUCAAGUUUUAGGGUUAAAGCAUUUCAAGCAGAAGCCCUAAGCUUGAAUGAACUUGGCAUGGUGAUGAAUGGAAAGAGGGUGAACACUGAGGAGAGUGGGAAGAAAAGAGGUUAGAGAGGAGAGGACAGUGGUGCAUUGUAGACCAUGAAAACAGGAAUUUAGAAAUGGGAUUAUAUCUUAGUGAAAUGGAAUGGUUUUGGAGCAGGGGACUGAAUGCCCUGAAGAAUAUGUUUAGAUGGUCACUCUGGUGGAGAGUGGGUUGUAGGGGGAUACCAGUGAAGGCUAGGAGAAGUGGUUGGAUUUGGGAUAUAUUUUGGAGUUUUGCUGGAUUUACUGGAUGGGGGAGGUUUGGGGAGGAUGAUGAGAAAAAGAGAGAAAGAUAAUGGUAGCCUGGGGGAAGAGCAUGUUUUAGGGGAGGAAAUCAGAUGGUUUGUCUAGGACUUGUUAAAUUUGAGAUGCCUACUGGAUAUCCAAGGAGGCAGUUGGAUAUUCAUGUCUAGUGUUGAGGAGAAGAGAUUAGGCCUGGAAGUGCAGACCUAAGAGGCAUCAGCAUUAACACCAUACUGAAGGAGUUUGCACAGGGAAAGAAGAGAAGAUGGUCCGGAACCGAGCUGUGAAGCAUUGCAACAUUUAGAGGUGAAGCAAAAAAUUUAUUGCCAUAUCUUGGACCCAACAAAAUGAGAGAUUGUUUCUGCACCAUAAAUUUGGAUCAGGAAGAAGUUUAUCGUACCCAGGUUGUUGAAAAGUCUUUAAGCCCAUUUUUCAGUGAAGAAUUUUACUUUGAGAUUCCAAGAACUUUCCAGUAUUUGUCUUUCUAUGUUUAUGAUAAGAAUGUUUUACAAAGAGAUCUUCGUAUAGGAAAAGUAGCCAUCAAAAAAGAAGAUUUGUGUAACCACAGUGGCAAAGAAACCUGGUUUUCACUACAGCCUGUUGAUUCCAAUUCGGAGGUUCAGGGUAAAGUUCACCUUGAAUUAAAACUGAAUGAGCUGAUAACAGAGAAUGGAACUGUGUGCCAGCAGCUUGUUGUACACAUCAUGGCAUGCCAUGGGUUGCCUCUCAUAAAUGGACAAAGCUGUGACCCUUAUGCAACAGUUUCUCUAGUGGGCCCUUCUAGGAAUGACCAAAAGAAGACAAAAGUAAAGAAGAAAACAAGCAAUCCGCAGUUUAAUGAAAUCUUUUAUUUUGAGGUAACCAGAUCCAGUAGUUACACAAGAAAGUCUCAGUUCCAGGUAGAAGAGGAGGACAUUGAAAAGCUAGAAAUUAGAAUUGACUUGUGGAAUAAUGGAAACCUGGUCCAAGAUAUUUUCCUGGGUGAGAUUAAGGUUCCUGUGAAUGUGUUAAGAAAUGAUUCCUCUCAUCAAGCCUGGUACUUGUUACAACCAAGGGACAAUGGAAAUAAGUCAUCUAAAACUGAUGAUCUGGGGUCUCUUCGAUUAAAUAUAUGUUAUACAGAAGACUAUGUGCUUCCAUCAGAGUACUAUGGUCCUUUGAAAACGUUGCUGCUAAAAUCACCAGAUGUUCAGCCGAUAUCUGCCUCAGCUGCUUACAUUUUGGGUGAAAUUUGUCGAGAUAAAAAUGAUGCUGUUUUGCCCCUUGUACGACUGCUGCUGCACCAUGAUAAACUUGUUCCUUUUGCCACUGCAGUGGCUGAAUUAGACUUGAAGGAUACACAAGAUGCAAACACAAUUUUUAGAGGAAAUUCCUUGGCUACCCGAUGUCUGGAUGAGAUGAUGAAAAUAGUGGGAGGGCACUACCUGAAAGUCACAUUAAAACCUAUUCUAGAUGAGAUAUGUGAAUCCUCAAAGUCCUGUGAAAUCGAUCCUAUUAAAUUGAAAGAGGGAGAUAAUGUAGAAAAUAAUAAGGAGAAUCUGCGCUACUAUGUAGACAAGUUAUUCAGUACAAUUGUAAAAUCAAGUAUGAGCUGCCCCACUGUAAUGUGUGAUACCUUUUAUUCUCUAAGGCAAAUGGCUACUCAGAGAUUUCCUAAUGACCCUCAUGUUCAGUAUUCUGCAGUGAGCAGCUUUGUAUUUCUUCGUUUCUUUGCUGUAGCCGUAGUAUCACCUCAUACUUUUCAUUUGCGACCUCAUCAUCCAGAUCCACAGACAGUUAGAACAUUAACCCUCAUCUCAAAAACCAUUCAAACUUUGGGAAGCUGGGGGAGUCUGUCCAAAAGCAAGUCAAGUUUCAAAGAGACAUUCAUGUGUGAAUUUUUCAAAAUGUUUCAAGAAGAAGGAUAUAUUAUAGCAGUUAAAAAGUUCUUGGAUGAAAUUUCAUCUACUGAAACUAAAGAAUCCAGUGGUACGAGUGAGCCUGUGCACCUGAAAGAAGGUGAGAUGUAUAAAAGAGCUCAGGGAAGAACUCGGAUUGGGAAAAAGAAUUUCAAGAAACGGUGGUUCUGCUUAACAAGCAGAGAGCUCACCUACCACAAACAGCCAGGUAGCAAAGAUGCAAUUUACACAAUUCCAGUGAAAAACAUUCUUGCUGUAGAAAAACUGGAAGAGAGCUCUUUCAAUAAGAAAAAUAUGUUCCAAGUAAUACAUAUGGAGAAACCACUCUAUGUCCAGGCAAAUAAUUGUGUAGAAGCUAAUGAAUGGAUAGACGUACUCUGCAGGGUGAGCCGAUGCAAUCAGAACAGGCUCAGCUUUUAUCAUCCCUCUGCGUAUCUCAACGGAAACUGGCUCUGCUGUCUGGAGACUAGUGAAAACGCUCUUGGCUGCAAGCCAUGUACUGCAGGGGUACCUGCAGACAUCCAAAUAGAUAUUGAUGAAGACAGAGAAACAGAAAGAAUUUAUUCCCUUUUUACCCUCAGUUUACUUAAGCUGCAGAAAAUGGAAGAGGCUUGUGGAACUAUAGCAGUCUACCAAGGACCACAGAAAGAGCCUGAUGAUUAUUCUAACUUUGUAAUCGAGGAUUCUGUAACAACCUUCAAGACAAUUCAGCAAAUAAAAAGCAUCAUAGAGAAGCUAGAUGAACCUCAUGAAAAGUAUAGGAAGAAAAGAUCAAGUAGUGCAAAAUAUGGGAGCAAACUUGUUUUGAGGACCUACAGUACGGAGGGACUGUGUGGGAUCCCUUCAUUCCCAACAGCCAUUGUGUGGGAAUGUAUUCCACCCCUCUCUGGGAUUCUAGAACACUGAAGCUGCCGGCAGUGCCCCGAGGAGGUAACUGGUAAAUAAUGGAGACCGUCCCUUUUACUCAAGGAGACCUCAGUGUGUUCUUCCUUGUUUAAAGUGACCCCGCUUCAGGCAUCUGGCUUCUCAAUAAAAUGUGAGUUCAGGCCAGUGGGAAAGGAAAGGCAGUCCUAGUGGAGGGCGCCUGGCCUGAUAAUCCCAAAUUAAAUUGCUCUUCCGUGCCUCAGUUCCCCCCUGCUUCUCUGCCGCAUGGCGGAGCUAAGAAGCCAGGUGCAGCUGCAGACUCUGCGUGUGAGCUCAUUAAGCCAGGCCCUUGCUAGGGUGCUUACCGGUAGGACCAUAAACCUCCUGCCUCAAAAUCCUACUGAUCUCCACGGCUCCUGCACUUCAUGUGAGAAGAAAAGAGGUGCUUUGUAUCCUAUGACAAUAGAGCAAGAACAGCCCUACUGAAAACCUAACCCAGAGUGUCUGACCCAACAGCAUCCCCUGACUCUGUGUUCCUGAGAAAAAGGCUGGAUGCAACCAACGUUUGGAGAGAAUACUUAUUUUUUUUUUAAUUGGAUUGGAAGAAACAAGAACAUAUAUCCACACGCAGACUUGCAAGAAAGGCUCAUUGCAGCUUUACUUGUAAUAGCCCAAAUAUGGUAACAACCCACAUGUCUGUUAACAGGUGAAUGGUUAAAAAAAAAACAUGGUUUAUCCAAACAAUGGAGCACUCACUGCUCAGCCAGAUAAAGAGAUGAGCUACUAGCACACAGAACAGUAGGACUGACUCUCAAAGUAACUGUUCUGCUUGAAAUAAGCAGGGCAGAAAGAAUAUGAGCUGUGUGAUUCAUUUGUAUAGAACUAUAGGAAGAGCAGGGGCGCCUGGGUGGCUCAGUCGGUUAAGCAUCUGCCUUCAGCUCAGGUCAUGAUCUUGGGAUCCUGGGGUUGAGCCCCAUAUCAGGCUCCCUGCUCACUGGGGAGCCUGUUUCUCCCUCUUCCCACUGUUUAUGCUGUCUCACUCUCUUUCUCUCAAAUCAAUAAACUCCUAAAACAAAAAAGCAAACUCAUCUAUAGAGGGCUGGUCAUGCGUGUAGGGAGGCCCACGGGAAGGAGCACAAGGACACGAGAGAAUGGGGGUGCGGCGAUGGUUUCAUGAGUGGUUUUUCACCAGUUAAAAUUCAUCGAGUGGUACACGUACAGAUGUACAGUUUGUUGUAUGACAACAAUGCAUCAAUAAAGUUCCAAAAGAAUGGGCUGGCAAUUCUAUUUCUUGGAGAAACUGGUCUCAUUUCUGCUCGAGUCCCUACUCUUCCCGGCUGGGUUAGAAACAUGUGGAUUUUUGUGGUGAGCUGUUGACCCCAACAGAGAGAUGAAAAGUAUUCCAGGGCAACUGGUGUGUGCGUUUGUGAGUAUAAAGUGACAGGGAAAGAAGAAAUGGAUCUUCUUUACAGCAACGGUGAUAUUGGUCAUAAUCAACAAUGUGAGCAUCGGUUAUGAUGAGGCUGAGUGUUUCACAAACAUUACCUGAUUUAGCGCUCACACAGCCUUGUGAGAAGGUACUGUUGAGUCCACUUCACAGAGCAGGACAUGAGAUCUAAGGGAGGCUGGGUAAGUCCCUAAGGUGCGGCAGGAGGUUCAGGGUUUGAAUGGGUCUGUAAGACUGUCCCUGCCUGGUGCGAUCAGAAGUGAAUUUUAUUUCAUAAUUUUUAAGUACUUCUCAAACUUGCUAUAGUAAACAUGUACUACGAUUAACCAGCAGUAUUUGAAAGCCUUUAAAAUUAUUAUAGCCACUUUGUAACAAUACUUUUAAAAUUCUUCUCCAGUAAGAAUAAUUCUGUUUAUUAAGCCUGUCAAGUGUCACCUGAUUAAUUUCUUAUUUAUUUUUAAAGAUUUUAUUUAUUCAUUUAACGAAGGACCUUAAACUUGAGCAUGCCUCAGGAUCACUUAGACAGCUUGUUAAAACAGGUCGUGGGGGCCAGCCCCAGAGUUUCUGAUUCUAUUUAUUCAUUUAACCCCUAUUCUGGCAGGCAGUGCUGGAGGAAACAGAAACAGAAAUUGCGGAGUUACUGGAGGCCAAGGUUAAUGAACUAACAACCAUUCCGACUGAGUCUGCACCUGAACCUCUAUUGGAAACACUAGAAACGGGAGGGGCUUAAAGCUCCAGCUUUGGGAGCACUGGGGUGGCUCAGUUGGUUAAGCAACGGCCUUCGGCUCAGGUCAUGAUCCUGGAGUCCCACAUCAGGCUCCCUGCUCAACAGGGAGUCUGCUUCUCCCUCUGACCCUCCCUCUUCUCAUGCUCACUCUCUCUCUUUCUCUCUCAUUCUUUCUCUCAAAUAAAUAAAUAAAAUCUAAAAAAAAAAAAAAAAAAAAAGCUCUCCAGCUUUGGAGUGUUCUGCUAAAGGCUGCUCACCACAGAUUUCUAGGAGCUCUCUUGCAGUAAAAGAAAAAAAUAUGUUGGGUUUAUGAAUUUAAGAGCAGAUGCAAAAGCCCCUAGAGACUCAGGAGGGAGCUGUAAGAGGCUUCUAACAGG